AUGUCUUCCGUGUUUGCACGAUCCCCUCUGGGAAAGUAUGUGGCCAGCAUCACAGCCUCUCCGAACGGCCUCUUCAACAGGCAUCUGAUAUUAACCGUUAUCAUGUAUGCCCUUGGCGGCAUGCCAAAAGGGUGGGACGAGGGCACUACUGCGUCCAUCACUCAACUCAAAGCGUUUCAGCGAGAGUUCGGUAUAACUCCAUCAAGCAACCCCGACCAAAUAUCCAACAUUGUAUCCUUCGUCAACAUCACAGCAGGCAUCGGCGCGCUGCUGUCGUUUCUGUUGAAUGACCGCCUCGGCCGCAUCUGGUCCUACCGGCUUUACAUGGCUGUGUAUGCGAUCGGCAACAUCAUCGAAACCUUCUCAAGCGGCAGCCUACCCGCACUCUACAUUGGACGAUUGGUGGCUGGCGCAGGUAUCGGAGCAUGUACGGUGGUUGGUCCGAUGGCCAUUGUCGAAAUCGCGCCAGCCGCCACGAGGGGGCUUAUGACGCUUUGGUUCAACGUGUGCAUGCUGUCCUCGCAGAUGGUCGGCAUCUUCACCGUCUUCGGCUGCGACCGCCACGUAUCGCGCGAUACGAACCUGCAGUACCAGAUUCCAUUUUUUGUGCAGUGCUUCGUGCCGGCCAUCGGAAUCACCAUGUCUUUCUUCCUGCACGAGUCGCCACGAUGGCUGUGUCUCAGGGGUAGGCAUGAGGAGGCCUUCUCAACACUUGUCACCAUCAGGGGACUGGGCCAAGAUCACGCCUACCUCGUUGCAGAAUGGGACCAGAUGCGCGACCAAGUCGCCCGGGAGAAAGAAGAGUUUGGUGGCCUUGGGUACAUCUCGAUUCUUCGAGAGACUUUCUGCGUCCGGGCCAACCUGAGGCGCGUCCAGCUGGUUGUUGUGGCCUACAUCCUUGCGCAGUUCUCUGGCGCGAACUCAGUCACGAAUUACCUGCCAGAGAUAUUUGGCAUCGUUGGCGUGGAGUCAACUGAUGUCAAGGUCUACGCUUCUGGCCUCUACGCUCUCGCCAAACUGAUGCUUUGCCACAGCUACCUCGCCGGCUAUUUGAGCUUCUUCGUCAGAGAUGAAGACAGUGUCCCGAAAGGUGCUUCGGAUGCCGCCAUUGGCGUCAUCUACAUUCACGCCUUUGGGUGGGCCGUAGGCCUCUAUACCCUCCCAUACCUGUUUGGCGCGGAGCUCUGGCCCAACAGGCUUCGCUCCUUUGGUGGCUCACUUUCGCAAUGUUUCCAUUGGCUCUUCUACUUCGGUAUCACCAAGGCAACCCCAUCUCUCCUCAACUCUAUGAAUCAGUGGGGCGCUUUUGUCUUCUUUGCCGCCUGGUGCUUUAUUGCCAUCAUCUACGUAUUCAUCUCGGUUCCGGAAACUGCUGGCCGAGCUUUGGAAAACAUCGACGACCUCUUCCAGCACCCCUGGUACAUGAUGAGGAAGUAUGCGCGCACAAAUACUACGGUCACAGAUAAAGCUCUUUCUUCAACAUCAAGAGAUCAUGCGGAGAAGAUCGAGGAACAUGCGAAGUAUGAGGUUGAGAAGAUUGAGGAUGUCGAGCACGGCAGGAAUUAA